AACGGACACGAUCUAAUCAUGAAUCUCAAUCCGACUCAGAAACAAAACCCUAGCUUUAUAUAUUCUUCAUAGCCUCGUUUCGGAGACAAAACCCUAGCCUCAGCGUCAUUACAUAUUCCAAAGAGAGGCAAUUUCACAGGGCCGAUCAAAACACAUCCAAAAAUGAAGGUUGUUGCUGCAUAUUUGCUCGCCGUCUUGGGAGGCAACACCAGCCCCUCCGCCGAGGACUUGAAGGAAAUCCUCGCAUCUGUUGGAGCUGAUGCUGAUGAGGAUAGGAUUGAGUUGUUGCUGUCUCAAGUUAAAGGAAAGGAUGUUACAGAGUUGAUUGCUGCUGGUAGGGAGAAAUUGGCUUCAGUGCCUUCUGGUGGUGGUGUUGCUGUUGCCGCUGCUGCUGCACCUGCUGCUGGAGGUGGUGCCGCAGCUCCUGCUGCUGAGGCCAAAAAGGAAGAGAAGGUUGAGGAGAAAGAAGAGUCCGAUGAGGAUAUGGGUUUCAGCCUCUUUGACUAAGAUUUGGUUACUGCCUUCAUUUGGGUUUCAUGCUAUUGUUUUAGUUAAAAAUUACAAGUUUUUUGGUCUGUAGUUGGAUAUGUUAUUAGAAGUUUGCAUUCUGGAAUUUUGAGUUAGAUAACAGAGAUCAGAUAUUUCACAUAUAUUUGUUAAUUAUGGGAUUCCAUUACUGAAUUGCUUGCCCUUUUGCACGAA